AUGGCAAGUUUAGAGAAUGCUUUCGUUGGGGCAGUCUCCAGCGGGUUUGCCAAUUUGGCAGUGUAUCCACUUGAUUUGGCGAAAACUGUGAUUCAAACUCAGUUGAAACAAGGUGAUUUGUACCCUUCUUCUGAUGUUCAAGCUGAUGUCUCUACCAAGGAAAGUACUGGCUCCAGUAAACCGAAGAAACACGGUAUACAGCAGAUUAAACCGAAGCCUGAACCUCCGACAGCGACUAAAGAGUCAUUGGAGCAGCGGUAUAAGCAUGCAUUAGAUGUGAUUGUAAAAGUUUAUCGGAAUGAAGGGUUUGGUGGAUUAUACCAUGGGUUAAGCGCAUCAUUGCUUGGAACUUUCAUACAGAGUUUCUCUUAUUUCUUCUGGUAUACCUUGAUCAGAAGACAUUAUUUCCGUGUGAAGAAAGUGAAGGGUGAGGCUGCCAGGUUUUCAACAAUUGAAGAAUUGCUGCUUUCCAUGCUGGCAGCAGCAACCUCUCAGUUAUUCACUAAUCCAAUCAACAUUGUUUCGACAAAACAACAGACUAGACGUGGUUUAGAAGGGGACAACAGUUUCAAGGCUAUUGCCAAGGAGGUUUAUGAUGAGGAUGGGAUUACUGGAUUCUGGAAAAGUCUGAAAGUCUCGUUAGUCCUAACGAUAAAUCCUUCCAUUACUUAUGCCUCAGCCGAGAAAUUGAAAGAUAUACUUUACCAUGUGGAAUGGAACGCCAAGGAUUUGAACGAUUCCUCUUUGCAAUUGAAACCUGGUCAGAAUUUCUUGAUUGGUGUACUCUCUAAGAUCAUCUCAACUUGCCUCACCCAUCCAUUGAUUGUGGCAAAAGCAUCAUUACAACGUUCCUCAUCCAAAUUCACCAGCUUCCAAGAAGUUCUAACUUAUUUAUACCGCCAUGAAGGUGCCCAUGCCCUCUGGAAGGGUCUUCUCCCCCAAUUAACCAAAGGUGUGAUUGUUCAAGGCUUGUUAUUUAUGUUCAAGGGAGAACUAGCUAAACACAUCAAGAAGCUACUAUUUUUGUUGCAGGUUUAUAGGAAAGGAAGAACUAUCAAAGCCAAUUGA